AUGUAUAUAUUAUUAUGGAUUUUUAUUUGUGUUUUUGAAAUUCCGGUGAAUUCUCUUGAUCUUGGUAAGUUGAUUUAUGUUUUUUGUGCUAUUAUGAUGUUUUAAAGGUUAUAAAGUGAGAUUUUGAGUUUAAGUGUUUAAAAUAUGGGUAAUAUGCGUUGAGGCUUGUUUAAUCUUGGUGUAUCCUUUGAUUUCUCAGACAAAAAUCAAGAUUUUUUGAUAAUUUUAGUAUACCAAAGGUUUUAAAGGUUAAUAAAACAUAAUUAAAACUUAAGUACAGCUAACCUAGUUCAUUUAUGUUUGUUUGCGAGCCAGAAUUUCAAAUUUUAAGUUAAAAUUUUACCCUAAAAGAGUGACCAGUGUUUUCGAAAUUCCCAUCAAGACUUUUAAUCAAAUUGCUCGGCUAAAUUCGGUUUUGGAAUGCUAAUAGAUACUCAGUGAAAACAUGGCAAAAAAUGCGAGAUACCAAGUGAAAACAUGGUAAAAUGCGAAAGUAAAAGCCCGGCUCAUUGCGCGGCCAUUCAAACCGAUUUUAAUUUCUCAUGGGAAUCGAUGACCAACUUUGCUCAAGACACAUGGUCUUGCGCAAGGUUGAUCUGCUUAAUUAAACUAUAACAUGAUUGGUUUUGUGACAGGUUGAAGGAGGUAUAUCUUGGAAUGUUAUGAAUGCAUAAUGUUUUAUUCGUUUUUAGUGAAAUAAGCUUGUUUCUACUUUUUUAUAGCUAAAAAGUCAUUGUUAGAACAAUUAAAGUUUGUGACUGUUUAAUAAACAGCUGUUAAUCAAAAAAUUACUUGUUUUCGGCCAUCGAUUUUAUUUGAUUUUGAUGGAAAACGAACAAAGAUUGAUUGAAAUAAACUUAAUUUAUAUUAAUUCAAUUCCGAACUUGAAAGAAAACGCUUAAAAUAUGUUUAAUUGAACUUAAUUUGUCAGAAUGAAAAUUUAACGGAUAAUUUAGGCCAGGAACUUUUGGUUUGGUUUUAAAAAUGCAAAAAAAUAUUAAAGUUAGUUUUAAAUAAUUAUCCAAAAUACACAUAUUGCUUUACUUUCUUGUAAUAAUAGACUGUCUAGGUAAAUUAGCUCAAGUCGACCAUAGUAAGGACACGUAUUACAAUAAGAAACCAAACAAGGUCAAACACUAAUAAAAACACAAGGCUAUUCUAAUUAGAGGUGUCUUUUUGGUCGUUAAGUCGAGAUGGUUUUUUGAGAUAGCAAGGUGUUGUGUUUGUUGCAAAAUGCAAGCGUUCAUAUAAUUUUUUUUGGCGGUAGUAAAAAAAUUAAAAAACAAAUUUUUAAUUUUAAACGUUUUAUAAUGAUAUUAUGUUUUAAAGUUUGAGAGCAUAAAUAAACGGAGUAAUAUUGUGGGAAUCUUAAGGUUAUAAUUGUAGUUUUUUUUUUGCUAAAGUUUUUGUUACUUGAGCGCUUUUGGCAAUAAUUACGAAAAACGGUUAUUAUGAGCCUUGUGUGAGAAUGUAUAGCAAGAAUAAGAAACGAAAUUUUAACGGAUGUUGUCCAUGUUCAUUUUGUCUAAAAAUCUGUUACAAGAAACCAAUAAUUACCUUGCAUUAUGCAACAAACAGAACCGGUUUCUGACAUUUUCUAACCCAUUCCCAUAUGGAAGUCAGUUCCGGGACCCUAAUUGAUGUCAUAAUGAGGCCACAAAAACCUGAGCGUGGCUUUGUUUUUUGCCGAAAGAUUAUAAUAUUAAAAUAUUCCGACCGAUUUAUAAUUACUGGCGCGGUAAUUGGAGAUUACUGGGUUAGUUUGUUAACUGUUCCGAAAUUAAAGAAUUUGUUUAGGCUGGCGUUUAGGCUAAAUAAAUUAAGUUUGGGGAGCCGAUUUGCUUUGAUAAUGAGCGUUUUGAAUAAAUGAGAAGUUUUUGUUGUAAAGUUUUUGCAUUUUUGAAAAUUGUAAAACAUAGGAAAGAAUAAAUGUAAAGUUAGCAACAUUAGUUUAUUUUUAGUUUAAAAAUUAAAUUUUUAAAUCAUAAAUCUGUUAAAAUAUCAAAUUACACACUUCCGCGCGACCAUCAAUCAACUGUGAUUGUCGCCAUUUGCAUAUUACCUGUCACCUAGGCUUAAUCCGAAGGAAUUCGCCCUUCUGAUCGAAAUAUAAUCUUACCUAUAAAGUGUAGGAAAACAAAGGAAAAAAGCCAUUAUUGGAGAAGAUACAUAUAAUUAAAAAAGUUAUAAAUGCAAAAAAUUACAUUUUAAUAAGUUAUAAAUGAUUGAUUUUCAGAAAAAUGCCCAAUCGUCGGCCUAGGAAUGGAAGACGGUCGAGUAACAGACGCUCAAAUCACGGCAUCUUCAUCGUUCGACGCCCAAUCGGUUGGCCCUCAAAACGCUAGGAUUCGAACAGAGAAGGCUUCUGGAGCGUGGUGCCCAAAGUCUCAAAUACGGAACGGGUCGUACGAAUUCCUACAGGUUUCUUUCAACAAAACUCACGUGAUUCGAGCAGUCGAAACCCAGGGACGUUAUGGAAAUGGCACUGGUCGAGAGUUUGCUCAACAAUACAUGCUGGACUACUGGCGACAAGGUACGACAAAAUGGAUCCGCUACAGAUUGCGAAAUGGUUCCGAAUUGAUUGAAGCCAAUUUUGAUACAGUCACACCGGUUUUGAGAGAGCUAGAUCCACCGAUAAUUGCACAAAAGUUACGAUUGGUACCAUAUUCGGUUCAGACUAGGACUACUUGUAUGCGAAUGGAAGUUCAUGGAUGCGAAGAUAAGGAUGGAAUUCUUGGUUAUAAUAUUUUGGUGCCUGAUGCAAUGGAGACGGAGUUCAAAGACGAAAUUUUUGAACAAACCAGCUGGCAGGAUGGUAAUUCCAAAAAGUAAGUUAUUAUUUUUUAACGAAUAAUCUUUGUUAUUUUUAGAGGUCUGGGUCUCUUAACCGAUGGUAUUAUUCCUAAAUACCCUCCAAUCGACCCAAUUUUUCACUUACCGGUGAAAAAUUCAACCUGGCUAGCUUUUAAGCGACAAGAUUCAGAUGGCCGGAUUCAAAUUCAAUUCGAUUUCGAAGAGGAUCGUCAAUUUUCGGACCUCGAAAUAUUUGGCUUCGGACGACCAAUAGACAAAAUUGUGGCCGAAUUUUCAAGCGAUGGAAUACUGUUUGCGAAUAAAGUUGAGUCCGACUAUCCUCCAUCUCUACAACCUGACAAAAUGGACCUUUAUUCCGUUAGAGUACCGUUAAAUGGUCAGAAGGCGUCUUUUAUCAGGAUUUUGCUCAACUUUUCGGCCGAUUCUACGUUUUUAAGUGAAAUACAAUUUAACACAGGUAAUAGUUUUUUAUUUUUAUUGUAUAUGAACGGGAAGAUAAAGUUUGUAUAGCACGAGUGUAUGAGUUACACAAAAAUGUUACACUUAUUCAUUUUUUUAAUUAUAAUAAUUUCUAAUUGAUAAAUCAAGGUUGCAUUAGACGAAAAUUAUCGUGUAUUAUGUUACAUUACACUUUACAGGAAAACAAGAGUUGAUAUCCGUUGUUGUUCAAGAUGAACCUGAAUAUCAACCGUUCGGUUAGUAUAUCGAGUGUAGUUUGUGGUUGUAUAUAGUUUUAUAACCUGUUAUGCUAACCGAAUAUUGUGGUUUUGUUAAGCUAAACAUGUAUUUUUUAGUUUUAUGAUUUUGAUUUAGUUGUUUUCUGUUGAUUUUUUAUGAUUAAUAUUUUGAGAGUGAACUUUUUUGACCUUUUUUAUUUUACUUGGUUUAGUAUUUUUGUAAAAUUUAAUUACUUUUUCAUUUUUUAGAUCUCAAAAACAAUACAACAUCGAUCCUCGAAGACUUCUCGAUAAAUUCUACAAAACAACCAAAGUUUUACUACAUCUUCAUCACGAUAAUGAUCAUCAUCUUCAUAUUCAUGACGAUUGCUUUAUGUGGAUUGUUGGUCUUCCGUCGGCGAAAAACCCACUCAUCCACCGAAAAACUAAGCUCACUGGGUUCACCGUCGUCACGAUCUACAGCCGCUACAACGAUGUCGCGGGAUCUGAAGACAAACACAUUGAUAACAACAUUACCGCUGAAUGGAGGCCAACCUCGACAUGUUAUUCACAGUCACAGUUUUGCUCCACAUCAUGGUUUAUAUGGCAUGAAGGGGAAUUUGUAUGGUGAUCAUCGUGUAGCUGCUUCUAGUCAACGGUAGGGGUGAUUUUGGGUAUAAGGAGGAUGCUGUGGGGUUUUAUUUUUAGCUGUAACAUUGUAAAUUUUGACUUUUAGGUAUAAAAUUUAAUUUUUGACGUUUUUAGCAUUCUUGGCAUGGCUCCACCAUCGAGAUCAUGUAGUGGGACCCUUUACAAAGAUCAUCAUCAACCUUCUCUAUUAGACAUCCAUUUUCCACCUCCACCACCUUCAGAUGCCUCAACGUGUCGCUUGGAACCUGCUAUGUCCAACAGUUCAUCAGAAGGAAUCUACGCCGAACCAAGCGUGCCACUAUUAGGAACGGCACGGCGAAGUGUAAACCAGAAAAGGCAAGUUCCAAAAACGAGGACUUUGAAAGAAAGCACGUUGAAUCGGAAGAAUAAAACGUUGCCUAUAAGGUAAGCUUUCCUAUUUUGGGAUUAAAAACUAAUUUUUUAGAGCAAAACAAGAAGAAGAUGAACAACAUUACGCGAUAGCCAACUUCACCAUGCUUCCCACCGAUCGUCCUGCUUCAAAUCCAAAUUACUCAGCUUUUCAUCCUUAUCAACCUAAAACCAAAGUAAUACCAAGAGCAAGUGUUCAAUUCAUUGAGAAAAUUGGAGAAGGACGCUACACUCAAAUCUUCUCGUGCUACGUAGCAGACGGUCAAAAACAGUACAAAGCUGCUAUCAAAUUUCAACAUCAAGAUGCAGAAGAAGCUCGACGUGCUCUCAACAACGAGUUGUUGCUAACAUAUGAUCUUCAUCACGCUAAUAUUAAUCCAUGUUUUGGUCAAACUGAAGAUGGAGCGAUUAUUUCAAACUUCUGUGUUAAUGGGGACAUACGACAAUAUUUACGACAACUUGAAGUUUGCGAUGGUCAUACGAGUGAUUUUUCUGGUACUAACGGUUCUGCUGGUACACUACCUCAAAACUUAUAUGAUUGUUCGACUGGUCAUUCGGAUAAAAAUGUCCUGAGCCAUUCUCUUCAAAACCCGGAUUCUUUCCGGAGCAGCACGAUGAAUUCAAGGCUAAAUUCAACUUUUCCCACUUCUAGUGCGGGUGAAACAGCACCAAAAUCAAGGUUAAUACAAUUCUGUACGGAAAUAGCUGCUGGGCUGGCUUAUUUGGAACAAAAAGGUAUUGUUCACGGCCAUUUAAGUCCGAAGUCUUGUCUACUGGAUGAGAAUAUGACAGUGAAAAUUGCGGCACCGCGAGGACCAAAUCAUCAUGCGCAGCUGAGGUACAGCGCGCCGGAAGCUAUUGUGAUGGUAGGUUUUUACUGUGGUUUAUAGGUAGUGUAAAGUAAUGACGUUUUUUCUGUUUUUGUGAAAUUUUUCGUAUUUGAGGUAAAUUUUUUGAAUUAUUUUAUAUUGUAAAUGGUUUUAGAAUAAUUGGUCCAACCGAAGUGACGCCUACUCGUUUGGCAUGACAGUGUGGGAGAUUCUACACGGCUGUAAACUAGCACCAUAUCAAGAUCUUUCGAAUAAUGCGUUGUUCGAAAAUGCUCGAAAUCAGCUGGAGGCUAGUCAGGCUUCGGUAAGUUUGCUAAGAAUUUUUAUGGAAGUUUGGGUUAAUUUUGAUAAGUUUAUAUUAAUAAUUAAAAUGUUAUAAUUGCAAAUUUUGGUUAGUUUAUGUAAAUUUAUAUAUAAAAAUUUUUUAUAUAUUGCUUGUUUUAUAUAUUAUAUAUUUUUAACAAAUUUUAUACUUGUAGGUAUACCCGUCAUUCGAUCGUAUUCUUAAAUUUGUGGACAAAGAGGUCGUUGACCUAAUACAAGAUUGCUGGUCCAGCUACCCAGAACAACGUCCUGGUUUCUACGAGAUUCAUGUCUUCUUUGUCAGGAAACAAAUGGCUACACGAUAG